GAAAUAAAGUCGAAUGAAACUGAAGCCCAGAAAACAAGAAAGACUUGAAAAGAGCUGUUGAGUGUUCCUUUGCUUAAGCCUUCAAUGGCGAAUAAGAACCGAUCAUCACCUUCUUCAGCAACACCCAAACUGAUGGAAGUCAGUGGGUUUUCUCUAAUGAACGAGGAUCUUCUUCGAAACAUACUUUCAAGGCUACCUGCCAUCUCUUUCGCUUCCGCUGCCACCGUCUCUAAGACUUGGAACGCUGCUUGCUGUCACAUCCUCUCGCGCCCUAAGCUCUCCUCCGCCAUCUCCCUCAAGCCUUUGCCUCUUGUUGCUUUACAAGAAGUUUUUGACAAGGUUAUGUCAGAACCAAUUCGACCUCAUUUUGCUAUUGCAAGUGUUGGUCCUGGGUUUGAAAUCAAAGAUGUUCUGCAAUUUAUGGUAGAAAAAGUGCGAUCAAGAACUCCGAUUAUUGUAUCUUCUGUUAAAGGAAUUCUUGGACGAGAUGCACUUUCUCAUGAAUUUAGAGAGGUUAAGUGGAUUGAUGGUAAUAUUGAUGAAGUUCCUGUAAAUACUGGCAUCGUAUUGACUGUUGGAUUUGUUCCGGGACUCAAAGUCGAUGUGAUCCCUCUUUUACGACAGAGAAAGGCACCUCAAGGGUCAAUGAUUGACAAGUUCGUGCAGGAUAUUAAGUCUUACACAUCCUCUAUGUCAGGUUGCACAUCACCGCAGGCGAUUAUAAUGAUCGGAGAUGGAAGUGUUGACCAGAAACCUAUCCUUGAAAAGUUAGAUUAUGCUAUGUCUAUGGAAACAAUCAUUGUGGGUGAUGAGAGAGGUCAGUUUGUGUACAGAAGUAGUGAUGUCUCAAGAAAUGUCGGCACUAAUAAAAAACACUCUCCUGAUGCUGUUGCUCUUGUAUUUGCAAGAGAUAGAAACAAAGCCCGUGGUAUAGGGAAUAUUGAAUUUCAUUUUGCACUGUCAAAGGGUGUCUCGGCAAUUGGACCAAGGCUUAAGGCAGCUUCUGUUAGAGUGCAAGACUCUUAUACUGUCACCUGGCUCACUGCCAGAAGAGAAGGACAGCAGGAGAUUCUUGAUGGUCAACAGAUGCUAGAAGAUAUUGAUAAUGAGAUGGAAAAUAAUAUGGACUGUGUUGAUCUUUACAUUGGGGUUACAAGGCGACGGAACUGUUCUGUUGGCUCAGAUAAGCCUAAGAUGAUGACAACCUUGGCACUCCAUGGAGUUGAAGGAGGAGAUUCAGAGUACCUUUAUGUUGAUGGUGUUGGUAUCAGAACUGGUGACUAUUUUCAGUUUUACCAUUCGGAUCCAAAGACUGCAUUAUCUUCAAGCAGAAAUGUCUCCUCAACCCUUAGAAAAUUGAAGUUGGAUUGGGAUUCCAAAAGCAGCCUCAGCAAAAGCACAAUUAUCAAUGCCGUUGAUAAGAAGGAAGCUUUUGGAGGUUUUAUCUUUUCAUGCCUUGGACGUGGCGAAUCAUUCUUCGGUCAACUUAAUGUUGAUAGUUCCCCAUUCUUGGAUAACUUUCCUAGGGUUCCGGUAGCCGGAACAUUUUGCGGUGGGGAAAUUGGGCGUGGCUGUACAAGCUUAACUGCAAAUGGAGAUGAAGGCGGCUCUGCUCGUUGCCAUCUACACGUCUAUAGCACCGUUUAUCUGGUAAUGUUGUAUACACCUCCAGAGCAUUAAAAGUUACCCAUUCUGAGUUUUUGGGGUCAAAAAGUGCAUAACAAAGCCAACAACCUUAUGAAAAAACUAGAUCUUUGUUGGCAUUUUCAUGUUCUAUCAGCAAUAUAGACUGCCAUUUUCUUUCAUGUGUUUUUGGGUUAAAUUGUUGUACUGAUUUGAAAAUUGUUAUUGAGAAAUGAGGGGAAGAAGCUGAGUAGAUUCCAUUGA